AGAAAUCGCAUUAUCAACUACUAUACCUCCGCCAUCAUCAAGCUAUCGCUGCUGAAGUUGCCGAUCUACUGCGAUCUCAUUGAAGACCUUUUAAAGUCCGCGUAAGAUCGUUUACGUCGGCAAGGGCACUGGUGGUUUCGGUCUUCAGCUCUGCCCUGGAGAUCUUAAUCGAGCAUGCAACAGCCACCGCUACAACCUGUCGAUGAAUACAACCAUGUACACGACAUGGCUCCGACAUCUGAAGCAGGCGAUGAACCAAACAUUCGAGAGCUAAAUGAUGCUCUGCGCGUGCUCGUUGAUUUGUUCCCUGAUGUUCAGCCCGAUGUCUUCAGGGAGAUGCUGGUCCGCGUCUCCCCCAGCAGUCGAGUAGAAAUCGUUGCUGAACAGCUGCUCAAGCAUGAUGCUGAGUACAUCCAAGGUCGCUACCGUCGAGGCUUGGUCCAUGCUUCAAGCCCUAGAAGGAAGAGGCCAAAGACAGCAGAAUCUGCGUCCCGAGAAAGGUCGUCAGACGACGACACGCCUAGGCUGCGUGUUGAGGAGAUGUUUCGGAGCCAGGCGUACAAACAGACGGUCAAACGUGCGCUUUACGAUGAGUUCAAAAGUCUCUCACAUGCUACCAUCAAGGCUGUGCUUGCCGAGAAUAAUUAUCACUACACCCCUUCGCGCGGCGCGCUACUUGAUAUUGCAUCAAAGUCGUGGCGUGCAUCGAUUGCGGACUUUUUCUUCCGACGAAAGACACCGUCCUCAAGUACAAACCCUUUCGUGUCAUGGACAGCAUCAAAACAUUCUAGCCAGAAAUUCCCGAAUCUGAUGAGCUCUGGCAAUGCUGAGCUUGACGAGGAGCUAAACAGGACGCUAGUCCUGCCUGCUCUGCAGCGAGAACGAGAAGCGCAGAAUAUCAUAGAUCACGCCUUCGCCCAUCAACUUGCAGAGCAGGAAGCACAGGAGGCACUCGAGGAGUACGAUUGUGAGGUAUGCUAUACCACAGUCUCCGUGAACAAGCUGGGAGUAUGUGAUGAUGGCGGACACUUCAUUUGUUUCACUUGCAUCUCAAGGACUAUAACGGAAGCUCUCUAUGGGCAGGGCUGGUCACGCAGCGUAUCAGACUCAAGAGGCACGAUGAAAUGUGUCGCGCCAAUCCUGGAUGGCUCGGGCGAAUGUAAUGGAUGCAUUCCUUUCGCUCUGGUCCGCCUCGCUCUUGCGGAUCGAGAAGUGCGAGGCGAAUCAACUCUUCAGAAGUUUGAAGAGCGGCUCGUCAGCAGCGCGUUGCAGAACGUGUCCGCGAUCAUGGUCCGCUGCCCUUUCUGCCCAUAUGCGGAAGUCGACGAUUUGGAUCUUUGCAGAUCGCUCAGUGUGCGCUGGCGCGAUCCUCGAGAAGUAAAAGUUUUGGGUUUCUCGCUUCUGCUCUUUCUGGUUUCCAUGGAUAGAUUUGCCUUGUGGUUGCCUCUCUUGCCUUUGCUCUACGUGAGUCUAGCAAAUGCAUUGCCGGGAUCAUACAACCCGUUGAGACCCACUCUCCUCCGGCUUGCGCGGAAAUCCCGAGGCCUUCGUUUCACUUGCCGGUCUCCAGAGUGCGGAAAACGCUCUUGCUUGCGCUGUCACGCUCUUUGGCGCAAUCCACAUGCCUGUUACUCCACACAGCUAACCACGCUUCAAAAGUCUAUUGAAGCGGCGCAAACCGAGGCCAUUAAGCGUGUUUGCCCAAAAUGCAAUCUAUCCUUCGUCAAAUCCUCUGGAUGCAACAAGCUGGUCUGUCCGUGCGGGUAUAGCAUGUGCUACCUCUGCCGGGGAGAGAUAAUCAAAGGCGGCAUUAAUGGAGGAUACGAUCAUUUCUGCCAACAUUUCCGUAUGAACGGGGGCAGGUGCACGCAGUGCGAUAAGUGCGACUUAUACCGCGAGGAGGAUGAGAGGGAGGUGCUAAAGUUGGCAAGAGAAAAGGCUGAGAAAGCAUGGCGAGAGGGCGAAGGUAAAGACAUCACUAUACCAAUGCCAGAAGUUGCAAAGCUAGUUGAGAUCCGUCCCGGCUGGCGCCAAAUCCUUGAUCCGCGGUGCUGGCAGAUGUGGCUGGAUAGACUCGUGGAGCACUUUGUAAUCGUGACUGUCGAAUAGAAGAGGGUAAUAGCACAAACAUUUCUAGUUCAACGUCCUACGGAUCCACCUUUAGCAUCGGCCGUCAUGACACAGUUGUCUACAUGGGUAGCACAAAGCAUGAAUCAAGUCAUGUCCGAUCAGCUUCACGGCAAGGUGUCUCGGUAGAUAGGAACGUUCUACAUGCCACGUCUGAUAGAGGGAUCAUCGAGCAGCGAUAUAGACACAGAUUCAAUUGUCGCACAAGAGAAAUGC